CCGGGCAUUUUCUUAUGGUCUGUGCUGAAUGACAUCAUUGAUAUUGUCAAUGGUGUAACUGAGACGAGAGAUAGAGGAAUAGAUGGAUUUCUGAGUUUACACCUAAAUAUCUGUCAUUCGCAGUGCAGACUAGACCAGAGUAUACCGCGGGACGCUUACAUUAGGAUCAGCAGGGCGGUGAGGAAUGGUUCGUCAAGCGCAUCGGCCGUCUUUCGCUGUCCAUGGUGCUGUUUGAAUGACAACGUUCUGAUCAGCACCUCGGUGGAAGGAAGGCAGCAGUCCCUGAAGAGCUUGAUCAAAAACGUGAGUUGGGAAGAACAGCAGUAACCAUGGAACUGAGAGUGGGGAACAAGUACCGCCUCGGCAGGAAGAUAGGGAGCGGCUCUUUUGGAGACAUUUACCUGGGCAUUAACAUCGCCACUGGUGAGGAGGUGGCCAUUAAGCUGGAAUGUGUGAAGACCAAACACCCACAACUCCACAUCGAGAGCAAGUUCUACAAGAUGAUGCAGGGAGGAGUGGGCAUCCCAUCCAUAAAGUGGUGUGGAGCAGAGGGAGACUACAACGUGAUGGUGAUGGAGCUGCUAGGCCCCAGUCUGGAGGACCUGUUCAACUUCUGCUCCCGCAAGUUCAGCCUCAAGACUGUCCUGCUGCUGGCUGACCAGAUGAUCAGCCGUAUUGAGUACAUCCACUCUAAGAACUUCAUCCACAGAGAUGUGAAGCCUGACAACUUCCUGAUGGGCCUGGGCAAGAAGGGCAACCUGGUGUACAUCAUUGACUUUGGCCUGGCCAAGAAGUACCGCGACGCCCGCACACACCAGCACAUUCCCUACCGCGAGAACAAGAACCUGACCGGCACGGCACGCUAUGCAUCCAUCAACACACAUCUGGGGAUAGAGCAGUCUCGUCGUGAUGACCUGGAGUCUCUGGGUUACGUCCUGAUGUACUUCAACCUGGGCUCUCUGCCCUGGCAGGGCCUCAAGGCCGCCACCAAGAGGCAGAAGUACGAACGCAUCAGUGAGAAGAAGAUGUCCACCCCUAUCGAGGUGCUCUGCAAGGGAUACCCAUCUGAGUUCUCCACCUACCUGAACUUCUGUCGCUCUCUGCGGUUCGAUGACAAGCCGGACUACUCGUACCUGAGACAACUGUUCAGAAACCUGUUCCACAGACAAGGCUUCUCCUACGACUACGUCUUUGACUGGAACAUGCUCAAGUUUGGGGCCAGCAGGACAGCCGAGGAUGGGGAGAGGGAGAGGGAGAGGGAGAGGGAGAGGGAGAGGGAGAGGGAGAGGGAGAGGGAGAGGGAGAGGGAGAGGGAGAGGGAGAGGAGAGAGGGAAAAGAGGGGGAUGAGAGGAUCGGCGGGGGACCUAGGGUACCUCGUGCCCUACCCCCGGGCGGCAACCCCCCGGGCGGUGUAGACAGGAUCAGAAAUGGCCCCAAUGCAGCAGCCUCUAACCCUGCUUCCAGAGGAGUCGCACAGUCAGGGAACCGGUCCCCACAGGCCGUGUCCCGUGCGGAGCGAGAGAGAAAGGUGGCCAUGAGGCUCCACCGUGGCGCCCCCGCCAACAUCUCCUCCUCUGACCUCACUGCACAGAUGGGCCAGUCACGCAUCGCCACAUCACAGGUCAGUGUGCCAUUUGAACACCUGGGGAAGUGAGCUGCUCCUCUCUGGCCCUCUGGACUGGCAGCCAUGGCAUUGUAUCAAAUACCUACUCAAGUACUUUUGAAAUUGUUGGAUAAAAAAAGAAAGGAGUGGGUCAACUACACUGAAGAGGGAUGAAAGAUGGAAGAAAAAAAGGAAAGGAACAAAGGUUUGAAAGAAAGUGUGAGAAGUGAACUCCUGUCCACUAUGACUGUAGUUAACUGGAAGAAAUUGUGAAAAGAUGAAAGAUUGACAACUUAAAGACACUCUCAUGGUCUAGGCUUGCUUCCCGGGCUUGUAAGACCUUUGCCUCGGCUGGUGAAUGAGACUUCGGUACUACUGUCCUGGUUCACUCUCAUUACGCCGGCUAUAUGAUCAGUGGGACCAUACACGUCUCUCAGAAGCUCAAUGCGCAUAAAAACAUGCACAAGUCAGUGCAAAACGGACAAGCUCUGAUUGUUCUAGAUGUUUUCACCGCUGAGGUGGUUGUGUGGGCUCAUGUGUAGCUUAAAAAACACAGUCUAAACCGUUUGUCUCACGUUGAAUGUCCAAUUUAUGACAGCUGCAUCUACUGCUAAUGGUGUUUGUUUAUAAUCAACAACAACAAGAACAAAAGCAGAGGUUUCCUGUGGUCAAGCAAAAAGGAUUUAUUCACUAGUAGGCAAGACGAUCUCAGUUGAGAGGAAUUGGGUGCAAAUGAAAGAAAGAGAGAUAGGACGAGAUGUGGUAAAACGUUGUUCAGGAAUGGGAAAAGGUGAAUGUGAAUUAAUGUGAAAGUUUUUGCGUCAGAGUUGCUUAGAGAAGUGGAAGUGUUUGAAUCAGAAUUGCUUAGAGAAGUGGGUUUGCAUAUAGUCAGUGUAUGUCAAUGUCUUAUUGUCUUACUGUUUGUUUUUCAUACUUUUGGUUUUAGCAAGCCAAGGACCGACCAAGAGUCAAAGGAGGAAGGGGAUGGUAGGAGACUUAGAGAGAUGGACUGUCACCCAUUUUCUCUUUACGUCUUCGCGGUUUAGGAAUUCCAGGAUAAGAAUAAUUAUGAGUAGAUUUUAACCUAGCGUUAAAUUAGGAAAUUUUGGUUAUACAACACUUACUGUUAAGAUUAUUGACACAUUUCCAUUGAGGUUCCACUCCCCUCUGCGGUGUAUGUGAACACAGUAUUGUAUUACAUUUGUCAACAACCAAGAGCUAAAAAUGCCCCUUCAAAUGAUGGUGGACCAUAUAAUAAAGGACCGUUACUUCUUAUCAUUUUGUGGAGGAAAUUAGUUAUUUAAUCAAUUGAUUGUUUUUGUUCAAGUAUUUUUGUCAACUGGUAAGUCAAGGCAAGACACUAACCUCUCAUGCCAGGCUUCGCAAAAGGGAGAAUAAUGUUGAACAAUACCUGCGUUCUUGGUUAUUAUGAUAAUAAGAAAACAAGCCGUAUUAUCCUGGCGAUGCGAGGAGGAGCAUGGGAGAAAUGAAGAGGAUGGAUUUCAAAGUUAUAUGCUCAAUAACUUUUUUUAAAAUAUUUUUUUAUCUCUUUAAAUAUGUUUUUGUGUAAAGCAAAAAUGUGCUAGGUUGUUUUUUUGAAGAUGUCAAUGUAGUAACAGAGAUUUAUUGACCUGCAGGAGGGCUUGGUUAGGUGCAAAGGGAGUCAAAUGUAAGGUAGGCCUACACCUGAGCAGGCAGAUAAUAAUAAAGAUGGAAUAUAUGGUUGUGUGGGUGCACUGAUAUCUUGUACAUUUCUUUACCAUGCUUAGAUUUUAUUACAACAAUAUUGUGUAUAAUAAUAAUUAAUAAUAAUAAUUGUAUUGUGUCCCAUUCCAUAAAGUUGUCUUGUUGCAUCUCAAACUCAACAGCACAGCAUCACCACAUAUAGUGCAUAAAUACAUAGAUACAUACAACGAUGUACAUUACGUGCAAUAUUGCAACAAAAAACGACAGAUGUGGAUAAAGUUUACCGAAUAGGCCUGCGCUAGUUCAUACCGUUUUGAUUCAUGGGUGGGGGGCUAUAUUUUAUGAGUCAAUAAAGAUAUGCACAACUUA